CAGAGUAGAAACAGUUCUCUACAGUAAGAUAGAUGGAUUUGUUACCACUUCCCUCACCAUGAAUUUUUUUUUUUCCCUGUAUGGUCACAUAUCCUGGUUUUAUAAUCAUUUUGAGAACCUAACCAUCUUUCCAGACACAUUUGUUGGCAGAAGAUAGGCUUCGCUCCAGUAAAAAGAAAAUGAAGAUUUUUCAAGAGCAUUCGUAGGCUUCAAGUUGAGAGGACAGCCCUUACUUCCUGAGCUCCGAGAACCCUUGUUCUGGGAGGAAGUAUCAGUAGGACUCCAGCACCAUGGAUGUGUUGGGGGAAAAGGAGGCCCUGCAGCAGUUCUUCGAAGCUCAGGGGCCCAGUGACACUCUGGAGAACCCAGUGCUGGAUACAAGUCUGCUGGAGGAAUUCUUGGGCAAUGAUUUUGAUCUGGGGGUCUUGCAGCAGCAGCUCCCCGAUACUCCACCCUAUUCCGCAUCAGACUCCUGUUCUCCUCCACAGAUGCAAGGUGCUUGCUGCCCGGCCACGAGACCCGCAGCCGCAGCCGGGAGGACUCCAGCUACCCCUCUCCACUCUGCAGCUACUGCCGGGAUGCUCCCUGCACACCUGCCGCAGAGCUCCUGUGAAAUGAGCAGCUCUGCCCACGGCCUCCGCAGCUCUCGCCACUGCUACCCGGACACCAGUCAUCUUCCAGCCCCCUCGGACCGAUGCAUGUCCUCCCAUCAGGGGAUAAGCCGUCCUUACCAUCAGCAGCCUCUGUGCCACAGCCCUGGAGCCUCAUUGCCACCUACCAAGAAGAGAAAGUGCACACAGGCACUGGAGGACUCCGGGGACUGUCACGUGUGGGCCCACCACUCCAGACCAAUGACAAGUAGGAGUUCCAGCAGCGAAGUGCUAUUCUACGACAGUGAGGGACAGAACAUGACACCCGUGGACCAGGGUUCUCCUUCUCUGAAGUGGCAGCCAUACCAGAGUGUGCCUUGGCACGGUUUAUUCACUGGUCAUUAUGAGAAACUACCUGAUAUAGGCUAUCGAGUUGUCACAGACAAAGGAUUUAAUUUUUCACCAGCAGAUGAAGCUUUUGUUUGCCAAAAGAAGAACCAUUUUCAGAUAACCAUCCACAUCCAAGUUUGGGGAAGUCCAAAAUUUGUCAAAACUCAAAUGGGCCUAAAGCCAAUAGAAAUGUUUUACUUGAAAGCUUUUGGGGUUAAGGUAGAAGCCACCAAUCAAAUAAUCGCUAUUGAACAAUCCCAAGCAGAUAGAAGCAAAAAAUUUUUCAAUCCUGUUAAAAUCGACCUGCCGGCUGACCAGGUCACCAAAGUUACAUUGGGCCGGUUACACUUUAGUGAGACGACAGCGAAUAACAUGAGGAAGAAGGGAAAACCAAAUCCUGACCAGAGAUACUUCAUGCUGGUGGUUGGGCUGUAUGCUGCGCACCAAGACCAGUUCUACCUACUGUCUGCCCACAUCUCUGAACGGAUCAUUGUAAGGGCCUCUAACCCAGGGCAGUUUGAAAAUGACAGUGAUACAUUAUGGCAGCGAGGACAAGUUCCAGAAUCUGUCAUUUGUCAUAGUCGAGUGGGAAUAAAUACAGACGCCCCAGAUGAAGCCCUGGUCGUCUGUGGCAACAUGAAGGUGAUGGGGACGAUUAUGCAUCCCUCUGACAGCCGCGCGAAACAGAACAUCCAGGAGGUUGACACAAAUGAACAGCUAAGACGGAUAACCCAAAUGAGGGUCGUGGAAUACGACUACAGACCUGAAUUCGCGUCUUCAAUGGGGAUAAACGGCGCCCAUCAAACAGGGAUGAUUGCUCAGGAGGUCCGAGAAAUCCUGCCUCGGGCCGUCAGAGAGGUUGGUGAUGUCACCUGUGAAAAUGGAGAGACUCUGCGGAACUUCCUCAUGGUCGAUAAGGACCAGAUCUUUAUGGAAAAUGUCGGUGCAGUGAAGCAGCUCUGCAAACUAACCCACAACCUUGAAGAAAGGAUAGAGGAGUUAGAAAUAUGGAACAGAAAGCUGGCCCGGCUGAAGCGGCUCAGUAGUUGCAAGUCCUCAGCCAGCGAAGCAAGCUCCAUCAGCAAAUUUAGCAGAGCUCUUAGUGCGUCUUCUCCAAGAAGGGCCAUUCCCAAAAAAACCAACAAGGUUUAUUUUUCAGGAAAAAAACAGCUGUGUCCUAACUGGGUUUUCCAGACCUUGGUUAUAACACUCAUUGCUGUGAUGGCAUUUUGUGCCUUGACGAUAGUCUCUCUUUACAUACUUAGCUUAAAAGAUCAAAACCAACGUGCCCCAAAUCUUCCUCUGAGCAAUAUCACCAACUCUCAGGAGCCCGCCCUGCCGCCCACAGCCUCCCCCUCAGCAGUGAAUACAUCCCUGGCAACCACACAGUCCUCCUUCCGAGUACCAGAAAUCACUUUCUGUGAGAUCCUGCCCUGUCAGGAGACUUAUUGCUGCCCCAUCUGGGGAAAGAGAGGAGUCCCCUCCGGUCCUGUGCGAAUGCCGUCUCAGGAAGAGGAAACCCAUCAGAAGCUAUGGGCAGAAGACAGAAGUUUGUCAUCCCUGGCAAGAGAUGCGCUAACCAGCCCUGACUGGGGGAGUGACUGGAUUGAUACAACCAUCAGUUCUAUUCAGAUCAUGGAAAUCCAGCAAGUAAUAGAUCAUCGGUAUUGUGGCCGAGGCCUCCAGUGCAGCUCUGGAAAUUACAAUUACAAUAUUCCUGUUAAUAAGCACACACCUACCAAUGUCAAAUUCUCUCUGGAAAUCAAGUGUAGUCCAGUGGAGCUGGUAACUGCUUUCCCUUUGCCCUUUCUCUCUUUUGUCUCUCGAAGCACAACAGAGCCAUUGAUAGUCUUCCAGUGCAAGUUCACCCUUGGAAAUAUAUGUUUUCAUGGUACAAGGGGAGCCAAGAGGACACAAAGCCGCCAAGAAGUCUCCCAAGAGAUGACACAGGGCUAUCAGCACAUUUGGACACUCCCUGUAGCCCCGUUCUUUGACAGCACGUACCAUUUCCGUGUAGCUGCGCCGGAUUUAGCGGACUGUUCAACGGAUCCUUAUUUUGCUGGGAUAUUCUUCACAGAUUACUUCUUUUACUUCUAUCGGCACUGCGUCUAAUUUAUUUGAGUUUGGUUGAGGACUUUGCCAAAGAAAAGUGCUCAGAAGUUCGGUCAACGGAAAUAUAGCCUCUGCAAUUUCUUUCUUCUCUUUGUAAAACAUUCACGUUUAUUGCCACAGGACUUGUUCAGGCUUUGGGUUGAACAGUUUUGAGCCAUUAAUGAGGAGAAUAAAGGGUUUGCUGCAACUUGA